AUGGAGAUCCGGCAGCACGAGUGGCUCUCGGCCUCCCCCCACGAGGGCUUCGAGCAGAUGAGGCUCAAAAGCCGCCCCAAGGAGCCCUCGCCGAGCCUGACUCGAGUGGGCGCGAACUUCUACAGCAGCGUCAAGCAGCAGGACUACAGCGCCAGCGUCUGGCUCCGGAGGAAAGACAAGCUGGAGCACUCCCAGCAGAAGUGCAUCGUGAUCUUCGCCCUGGUGUGCUGUUUUGCCAUUCUCGUGGCGUUGAUAUUUUCUGCCGUGGACAUCAUGGGAGAGGAUGAAGAUGGACUCUCAGAAAAAAAUUGUCAAAAUAAAUGUCGAAUUGCCCUGGUGGAAAAUAUUCCUGAAGGCCUUAACUAUUCAGAAAACGCACCAUUUCACUUAUCACUUUUCCAAGGCUGGAUGAACUUACUCAACAUGGCCAAAAAGUCUGUUGACAUAGUGUCUUCCCAUUGGGAUCUCAACCACAGUCAUCCAUCAGCAUGUCAGGGUCAACGUCUUUUCGAAAAGUUGCUCCAACUGACUUCACAAAAUAUCGAAAUCAAGCUAGUGAGUGAUGUGACCGCGGACUCAAAGGUAUUAGAAGCCUUGAGAUCAAAGGGAGCAGAGGUGACCUACAUGAACAUGACUGCCUACAACAAGGGCCGGCUGCAGUCCUCCUUCUGGAUCGUGGACAAGCAGCAUGUCUACAUCGGCAGUGCUGGCUUGGACUGGCAAUCCCUGGGACAGAUGAAAGAGCUCGGUGUCAUCUUCUACAACUGCAGCUGCCUGGUCCUGGACUUACAGAGGAUAUUCGCUCUGUACAGCUCAUUAAAAUUCAAGAACAGAGUGCCUCAGACCUGGUCCAAGAGGCUCUAUGGCGUCUACGACAAUGAGAAGAAACUGCAGCUUCAGUUGAACGAAACCAAAUCUCAAGCCUUUGUGUCGAAUUCUCCCAAACUCUUUUGCCCUAAAAACAGAAGCUUCGAUAUCGAUGCUAUCUACAGUGUGAUAGAUGAUGCCAAACAGUACGUAUACAUCGCUGUCACGGACUACCUGCCUAUCUCCAGCACAAGCACCAAAAGGACUUACUGGCCAGACUUGGAUGGGAAAAUAAGAGAAGCAUUAGUUUUGCGAAGCGUUAAAGUUCGACUCCUUAUAAGCUUCUGGAAGGAAACUGACCCCCUUACAUUUAACUUUAUUUCAUCUCUUAAAGCUAUUUGCACUGAAAUAGCCAACUGCAGUUUGAAAGUUAAAUUUUUCGAUCUGGAAAGAGAGAAUGUGUGUGCUACAAAAGAACAAAAGGAUCACACCUUUCCUAAAUUAAAUCGCAACAAGUACAUGGUGACAGACGGCGCGGCUUAUAUUGGCAAUUUUGACUGGGUAGGGAAUGAUUUUACCCAGAAUGCUGGCACGGGCCUGGUUAUCAACCAAGCAGAUGUGAGGAACAACAGGAGCAUCAUCAAGCAGCUGAAGGAUGUGUUUGAGAGGGACUGGUACUCACCCUACGCCAGGACCUUGCAGCCGACCAAACAGCCGAACUGCUCCAACCUGUUCAGACUCAAACCCCCCAGCAACCAAACUGCCACGUCCAGCACCAGCUCGAGGGACCCCGCCAGUGCAUAACGUGAAGGAAAGAACUGACAGGACAGCUCAUCUUUCCUACUUCUAUAUAAAGGACUUGAGGAGAGAAAAAAAAAUUUAAUAUGUCUUUUUGUAGGGAAAAAGCACACUUCCACAAAAAUAUUCUCUGACCGCCAUGUAAUAUCUUAUCUAACAAUAUCUUAGCAGCGCGUACACAAAGUUUAGGACUUUUGUAUUUGUUACUCCUGACAGAGAAUGUCAUUUCAGCUUGGAGGUUAGUUUUUACGUUUGCAUACGGAUUUUAAGACUUCCUAGUUUUAGAACUUUUUCUGCCGACCCACCUGGUCGGUUCUUACAAAGCUUAGCAUGAGGUAAAUGCUUUCACACUCUUCUGGGAGCUGCUUCUUAGAGAGGUGAGUGAGGCUUUCACCGCAGCCAAGGGACUGCUCAAGCCAAGUAUUGACCCCAUAAACUGUCUCCAAGACCCGUGCAGUCAUCCAAGCAUGAACAGCUGACAUCUCAUGCCAGCCUCUUGAAAACCACUCUUUCACCUCCUUGUUCAUUUUCUUCGAAUACCGUACCUUUCACUUGGUACCAUUUUUUCCUCUUCUCGGAGAAUGUUCUUGUUAGCAUCAGCGUCCCCUCUGUUCACCUCCAUGCUAGUUCCAAGUAUGGCGAUGUCUUUUGAAAAUGUAUGAAUUCCCUCAGAAUGGAUGCCAAAUGGGAAUAGCAGUCUUUAAUUUUCACCUUUCAACUGCCUUUUCCCCUCAAAUUAAUAAUUUAAAACCACAGCCAGCAAUAUGUAUCUUUUCUCUCAAGCUCAGAAAAAUUAGGUAGCUACCUGCGAAUACCCAGCAAGCAAUUAGAUCUGCAUUAUGAGAAUAAAGUAGUUUUUCACAUUUUUUUUAGCUUAGGGUAUUAUAAAGGAAAGCUCUCUCUGCAUCUGUGGAUUUUAAUUUCUUUAGAAUCAUUCAUUAUGCUGUUAAGAGUAUGCCAGCAAACCUUUAUAGAGCUAUUUAAUAUACCAAAUGCUUUUCAGAGAAAUGCAAUUUAAAUACUGUGCUUCACAUAUUUUACUAAGAAACAAAAAUAUUGGAUUAUUGUUCUAUAAUAUCGUCGUGUGUUGCAUUUUAUAUCUAUACAAUAUAUAACCCUAUAUUAAUGGAGACCAUUGCCACCCUAGAGACAGGCCUGGCCUCUUUAGAGCCCAGAGCAGGUGGCCACCAGGAUGCCAGUCUCAAGGUCACUCCUGACCCCCUCGGGCCUGGAACAGAGUCCUGCACUCCUUGGCCUUGGGUUUCUAUUGGUAAUGUAGGGACAGUCAUACUCACCUACCUCGCGUAGAUGUUGUCAUGGUAGGAAAUAUUUAUAACUUGAUUUGAAAUCAAAAGAACCUAUAUAAAUGCUAAGCAUUGUGAUGUAUAAUCUUUUUCUCGAACUAAUCUUUGUGGUACCCUGAAACAAUCAAUACCGGGUUCUCGCAGAAAGCCUACAAGGGAAAACAGAUCCACAGCCUCCAGUUGUAAAUGUGGGUGGACACAGGAACUCAGAAACCAUGCUGGAGAUUGGGAUUGUCAUCAUUUUGAUGGAAUAUUUCGUUGGGUCACUUUGUCAUAAGUAACAUCCCUACAAAACGAGAUGUGCUAGGGAUCGUUCUUGAGGACCAGCACGUGUGUGUGUUUUCAGAGCAAGGAAAAGCAAUCUUAAUUCUUAUCUUUUAUAUCUAGAGACUUGCUUUCUACUAUGCCAGGCAGAGUGACGGAAGAAGAUCUGAGUCUCAUCCAGUGGGUUCCAUUGGUGUAGAAGGGCUGUUGUUGGUCAGCUGUUGGUCAUGUGACAUAGCUUCUUUCUUGUUGCUUCCAAGGUAGGUGUUACUGGAUGUAUGACCCAUCGGUGAAGACAGCCGGGAAAGAUGGGGAGAUUCUUAAUGAUAUUCUUCACCGCCAGUGGCCAGGCCAUAAGACUCUAAAUAUUUACCAUAUCCCCAGUCCUUAUUUGAGUAGGGGAGCUAUCCUGCCAAUCAUCUAGGUAAAGUAAAGGUGGUUUUGGAAAUGAUUUUAAAAAAGAAAGAAAACAAAAGAACAAGCAGGGUAGGCAUGGAGACAAACAAACAUCCCAAGUUCAAUCCCAGGCAAAGAAGAGCAACCGGGGCUAGGUUCGAAAGGUUCGAAAGGGGAUGUGAAGGGGAAAGACUAUUGUCUCCUGAAGUGUGUGUCACAGCCGAGGGACAAGCGUUGGCUUGGCAUCAUGAGGCCCCUUUCACUGUCCCUCGCUGUCGCAUGUGAUAGAACUGUGUCCUUUAUAAAAUGAUAGUCUUUGCCAUUUUGCACUGAGCCCAUCAGUAAGGUGGCAUCAGGAACCGUGUCCCGGGACUUCGUGUCACCAGGAGACCAGCAGCAGCAGGGCCCUCCCUGGCCCAACGGUCACCUCCUCAGACAGGCCACUGACUUCAGGAGGCAACGCUGGCCUCCAGGCAGCCAGGAAAACAGCCCCUGCACAGAGAGGGUCUCAGGUCUCCUAAGAGAGCAUUUAAUUCGGCAGAACUUCCUUUUGCAUUUGGAUGCUUUAUCUACCCCUCUAGGAGUGGCCUUCCUCUCUUACUGACUCUGUGUCUGUGCUAAAUAGACAAACAACUUCCAUCAAACACCCUACAAAUUAUUUCCCAAGAGGGAAAGAAGGCAAAGCAAAAACACUUUAAUUCAAGACAAUCUGACCAUAUCCUUGCCAGGAAUUAGGAGCAAGAGGCUAACUGCUAAUUUCCAUUGUUUUUCUCCAUAAAUAUUCCAGGAGUUAUUUCCCAAAGGGGAAUAUGAAAAGGAAUGCAAACACAAUUCGAGACCAUAGUUCAGAUUUCUGUGUCACACACAACCUAGUGCCUUAUUUAUUCUCAAGCAUUGAUUUUAAAUGGUGAUUCACUCUAAGAGUAUACUUCUGCUUCCCGUGGGGUCCAUUUAGGCCUUCUGAUGAGCCUUCCAGUCAAAAACGUGUGCGGGUCAACGGCUUUCGUGUAGCCUGCUCUCCUCCCGAGCCACACAGCACUGAGCACCCCCACAUCAAGUCAUUGACACACACUGUCAAACAUCCACACUGUUGGCCUCCUCUGCACUGCCACAGGCCGCCGGCAUUCUCUGCUAAUUAAAUCACAGCUUAUCAAACCAUCGGAGGGGAAAUGCAACGUUAUGGAUGAUAUCCAUGCUCUGUGAAUGCCACACUUUGGGUACCUGAAAAUGAUAGAAGCGAGGCACACUGAAAAUGUCCCCGCUGUCUUUAAAGGACCUCGUAAAGAGAUGUUCAUGGACUUCCACAGUCUCGUGGAACAUAGCAUGAAAACUAGCGUCUAAGAGUCAAAGCAGACUCAGUGAAGGAAACAAAAGAGCUGUGGAAAACGGAACAGGAGUGUAGCUCUGGGCUCUUUUUUCUAUCCGGGCUGUCUCUGUGCUGUUUGUCUCACCACUGAACUGGUUCUUCGUGAGACGGGUCUGAUCACAGUAUUGGUUGAUCUUACCCUUUGAAAACUGUGUUUUGUUACCGCAGUUCCUGGUUUGUUCAAAGUGCCUCGCUGAACCUGGGACCGACAGAAGCUCAUUUCCCACCAGCCUGCAGCUAUUCUCAAGUGACUUUGAUUCACUCUGAGUUUUCUGUUUGUUUUUAGAAGUUUUAUGGAACUAAAUUCCAGGGGAAACACAAAAUAAAGAGACUCUCAGAAUUUCUUGAUAAGAUCAGACCCAGAGUCCGUCUGUCUCAGGAAUUCUAUCCCAGAAUCUGCCUUUUUUCAUAUGUGUAAUAACUUGUGUGAGUUUCUCUGUCCAGAAUUCAUUUCAUUAUCUUUAACAUUUAAGGGGUGUGAAGAGCUGCCUUCACUUGCAAAUGGACAGUUCUCUUCUGCAAUGAGAGAAUCUUUGCAUUUGGUUAUUCAGAUGCAGUCCCUAAUGAACAGCCCCAUGUAUUGUGGACAAAUGUUCGAAUCUUUGGAUUUCUGUACUUGAUGAACUGGUGCACUUUAUUAUAAGCCUUUUGAAGGGGAGAUUCAUAUAAUGUCCAUUUGGCCUAAGGUAGGUUGGAAAAAUGAAUCCAUAUUCAGCAUUUUCCCCUUUGCUGUGAUUUAGCUUUUUCUUUUUCUUUUUCUUUUAUAUGCUGAUAACCAAAUAGCUGUUCAUCAUAAGCUGUUACCUUAUCGAUUUAAAUUGCCAGAGGCUUUUUAAUAGCCCCAAAGUCAACCCCAGUUCAUUGCCUGCCUUUCCCGUUUGAGAGAAUUCCCAUCCAGUGGCUUAAUUACGAAGAUAGUGGUUUUUAUGGUGACUAGAAAGGUAUUCUUCAGAAGCUUCUAGAAAUAGUAAAAACCGAAAUUUCUUAUUUUUGACCAGCAGCAAUCUUGUACUUACAGAGUUCUAAAAAAGGUCACCAUUCACUUCUGCUUCUUUUGGCCAUUUGCUAAAAAGAAAUGGGAGGUUUAAUAGGCUAUUCCACAUUUUCUUCUGUUAUGUUCAACUACUAAACUUCUGAUUCUGUUACAAAGGAUAUCUUGGAUUUUUAAUGUUUCUUUAUGUAAAUAGGAUAAAGUUGUACCUGGACAUAUCUAUACUAUUAACCUUGAGAUCCCUAAAUAAAUCGGUGUGAUAAAGGGCUGAAUUUGGGGGCAUCAUUAAAAUUCUCAAACCUUUCGUAUAACCAAAUGCUCAAUAUUUUCGCAAGUAAAUAUUAUAUGUUUUUUUUUCAUUCUGUGAGAUGAGGCAUUUAGUUUUCUCCUCAGCUUCCAGAUUGUACACUCUGGUCCAGUGACAGAAAAGGAAUUUAUGGAUAUAGGCUCAGCUGUCUCACACACUUACCCACCACACUAUUCUUUCUAGGCUUCAACCCAUAAUCAAACACACCUGGUGCCUGCUUAACAGGCCCAAAUUGAAUCUCAGGUCUGGAGAAUUCCUUGAAAGUCAUCCAAAGCAACUACUCCAAAUGCACAAAUUCCCUUCCUAUUUGGCCACUCAGAAGUUGAGGACCUACUCAAGCCAACACAUCAGGAGUGGUUACUACAGUCCCUUUCACAAGAUGCACACAGAGUACCGUCUUACUAUAUUUGCUAGAGUAACUUGGAUUUGAGACAACAUCUUACCUCUGAAAGAAUGUACAUGGUGGGUACCCUUUUUAUACAGGUAUGAAAGCUGAAAAGGCAUACUUUUUUUAAAGCUAUCAUUUGAGAGUUUAACAAAGGCUUAAUAAAGCCAACCUGAUGAACCUGCAAUAGUCAAUUAUAAUUUGAUUUUGUCAGCUGUUUCUGAAUCCUGUAAUUACAUGUUUUAAAAAGAAAUUGGCCUAACAAUCUAAUGAGAGACAAUCAUGUGCAAGGAGUCCAAUUAAAUCAAAGUAAGGGUGAAGAUUAUUUAUGAUUUAUUUUUAUUUCAUAGAAAAAUUAAUAAGGAAAAAAUUUCUCCUUUUACAAAAUGGGUAUCUGGUUAUCAAACCCAUUCCUUCUGGCCUCAGACAUGUUGAAAAAGUGUUAAUUCCUUUAUGGACUCCACCGUCUUUCAUGGGUGAAAGAAAUCUUAAGAAUGGUUGAGAAAUACUGAACUCCUUGUAAGACACAAACAUGGACAAACCUGGUUUCUAAUUUAGAGUUUCCCCCACAUAAGUAUACAACAGAUCUUGGGAGUAUGACCUCAAUUUCCAAUAUUAAAAAUACUGAAAUUAUCUGUGACUUUCCAGUAUUAUGGAGGAAGAGGAUCUUUAAAGACAACUCAGAAAAUAUGAGCCAACAACAUGUGAUUCAGAGCUCAAUCUACAAUUCCACUUCCUUUUGCUUAAAAAUGGAGAUGAUCAACUGCUUUAGAAAGAACAUGUUAUUAAAGCCAACAUUCUCCCCCCCAAAAAUGUAGUAAGAGCUGGAAACACCAUGGUUUCAGGGAAGUUAUGGCAUUGAUAGAGCACUUUGAAAAUCCUCCAUAAGAAAGCUUACCUGUCCCCAGCAGUAAAGCUGUGUGUUAUUAUGCAUAUUUCCUGGGUGGAUCUGUAGUUUUCCUAGAGUCCUGGAGAGACCACAUCCAUAGCUUCUACAUGAGCAGAACCAUGUUCCUGUCACAUGAACACUCCACACUGGCCACAGCCAACUGCACCAUGACUAAAAGAAAUUCAGUUAUGGGCUGUGGGGUGGCGUAGGAAGAGAGAGGAACCCAGCAGUGCUGUUCUUGUUGGAUGGCACGUGGCCCCACCAUCCAGAGCCCUCCUUUAUGAGCCCUCUGAAUAUGAGAUAGAGAAAGGAAAUGGGCAGCAGCAAGAGCAGACAAAAUAGAGAGGAGCAAAGUCACUUUAAUGGUACCACCUUAGAGCAGUAACAUACCCAGAGGUGAGAUACCCAGAGUUCUUGUUGACUCACCAUGUCUGCUUUUUAUGUUGCUGUAGUAAUGAUUGAUCCCUGAACAAUGAGGCUGGACUCUGUGGUUACUGGUUUGCUUUCUUAUCUUUCGUACUUUCUUGUGUAUUGAUUGAUACAA